GAGCGCGCGGGCGCCGCCCAGACCUGUUGCUGGCGCUUGGCUGGGGUCCCGCGCGCGCGGUGGUUCGGGCCGUUGGACCUUCUGAGUGGUGUGGGGCUCAGGCGACGCCUGAGCUCCCCGAGCAGAGCGAGGCCGGCCGGCUUUCUCCUAAGCAUGGGCAAAAGGACUUCUUUGUACUUCUUGUGACAACUUCUACGGGCUUGAGAGAUUUAUGGACUUCUGUGGUUUCUUGAGGUGGAGUAUUGUGAUGUUUUCUAAAACGGACCCCCAUGGCUUGGGAGGAACAUCUUAGUCACGAAGAGGUUAGGGGUGAGAAAUGGAGUCGACAUAUCUUCAAAAGUGCCUUGGGACGUGUCUAACUCAAGGUCUUGCAGAAGUGGCGAGAAUUCGCCCAGUGGAUCCAAUAGAAUAUUUAGCAUUGUGGAUUUACAAAUAUAAGGAAAAUGUGACCAUGGAGCAGCUGAGACAGAAGGAAAUGGCCAGCCUGGAGCGUGAGAGAGAACUGGCUUUGAUAGAGCAGGAAAUGAUGGAGAGGCUCAAAGCAGAGGAGCUCCUGAUUCAGCAGCAACAGCUGGCAUUCCAGCUGGAGUUGGAAAUGCAAGAAAAAGAGAGACAAAGAGUAGAAGAACUACACAGAGCUCAGGAACAAUUAGAGAAGGAGAUGGGAAUGAAUAUAGAAAACAUACCUACGAGUGAAGAUAGUUCACAUUCAGAGGGUAUAACGCCAGACUCAGGCAAAACGCUGGCUGAAAUUAGCGAUCGAUACGGGGCACCUAACCUGAGCAGAGUGGAAGAACUUGAUGAGCCAAUGCUAUCUGAUAUCCCUCUGAGCUGGCUUCCCUCUGAGGACUGUGCUAGUUUCUGAGAACACAAACCAGUGUGAGAGGCGGUCAGUACCAUUGAAAUGCACUCUUCCAGAUGGCGGGCAAAGGCACAAGCAAGCAGAUAAAUCAGGACACAAGCUCCAAAGGGCCAGUUUGGUAGGUAGUGCCAUUGACUUUUUACAUGGAGAGACGCCACCUAGAGCUGCAUGGAAGUGAAAGACUCAGAGCAAACGACACCCACACAAGAACAAAGGUGCAGAAUUGAUGGUGGGUGGGCAGGAGGAACAUGUGAGCAGAGCAGUGAAGAUGGGAAUACCCUCAGGAAGCUUGAAGAAUAGUAGGUCUGGGCAGGGGUCUGGGAGGGGAGGUUGAGCAACGUCAGGUCUGGACCAGGUUGUGAAGCACAUUACAUCCCAAGCUAAGAAGUUUAAACCGUGUCUGCUGACAACGGGAGUGGAAAUGAGAUCUGCACGUGGACAAACUUCACUGGGAAUGAGGGAUGAGCAUGUGGCCCUCUGUCACAGGGAGAAGUUUUAAGAGGUUUUAAAGGAUGGUAUUUAGGCUGCUGUUGUCCUAGUCUAGGCCUGAGGUAAUGAGGGUCUGAGCCUGGGUCGUGGCAGUGGAAAUCUACUCCAUGAACACUUGUCUUGGGUUGACCACGCACGCGCCAAGAACUGAACUAGGUUCUUAUGGGGAACAUGAAUGUGAGCGAUUGAUGGUCCCGCCUCCCGUCCCUCGCAGGGAGUAAGUGAGUGAUGGGUCUGACACAUUCCAGAGGUGGACUUGGAAGCUGAUUGAAUGGACGUGGAGGGCACAGGAAAAACCUGGAUCUGGAACCUCGACAGGGCCAUUGAGGGCUCGGGGAGAUGAGGCGGGGGCACUGGUGUGAGGUAGGGAUGGACAC